GCCGCCGGAGCUCCGCAUCCCAAUGAGGCGCUGAGCAGCAGCCGAGCCGUUUUCUCUCGCGUCUUGUGGAAAUGUUGGGACGAGGCGCGGUGCUCUGUCUUUAGUUGAUGCCUUUUACCGUAAAACAAAAAAAGACACUGUGGUUUUUUUCACCCAAGUUGGGCUGAGGUGACCGAGAUCCCCGUUAACUGCGGAUGUCCCUGACCAAUUCAAGCGUCUUUCUGCUCAACGAGGGUUCAGCCGAUUCCUACACUAGUCGACCCUCGGAUUCCGACCUGUCCCUGGAGGAGGACCAGGAGGCGUCUCGGCGUGAAGCCGAGCGCCAGGCUCAGCUGCAGCUAGAAAGAGCCAAGUCCAAACCAGUAGCAUUUGCAGUGAAAACCAAUGUGAGUUACUGUGGGGCCCUUGAUGAGGAUUGUCCGGUCCAAGGUGCCGCUAUUAACUUUGAAACCAAAGACUUCCUGCACAUAAAAGAGAAAUACAACAAUGACUGGUGGAUUGGUCGGCUGGUGAAGGAAGGGGCAGACAUUACUUUCAUCCCGAGCCCAGUCAAACUUGAAGCCAUGAGGAUAAAACAAGAGCAGAAAGCAGCAGCAAGGAAAGGAGGGAACGCUUCAUCUGGAGGCUGGAGGUCCACCCCGCCAUCUGCAGCCAAACAGAAGCAGAAACAGACUGAACAUGUUCCUCCAUAUGAUGUGGUCCCUUCGAUGAGGCCGGUGGUGUUGGUGGGCCCCUCACUGAAAGGCUAUGAGGUAACUGACAUGAUGCAGAAAGCCUUGUUUGACUUCCUGAAGCACAGAUUUGAUGGCAGGAUCUCUAUUACACGGGUGACUGCUGAUCUGUCACUGGCAAAGCGCUCGGUGCUGAACAAGAAGGCCAUAAUGGAGAGAUCGAACACGCGCUCCAGUCUGGCUGAGGUCCAGAGUGAGAUAGAGAGGAUCUUUGAGCUGGCCAAGUCUCUCCAGCUGGUCGUCCUGGAUGCAGACACCAUCAAUCACCCAGCACAGCUCCUCAAAACUUCUCUGGCUCCCAUCAUCGUCUACGUCAAAGUCUCCUCUCCUAAAGUCCUUCAGAGGCUGAUCAAAUCUCGAGGGAAGUCACAAAGCAAACAUCUCAAUGUCCAGAUGAUGGCAGGGGACAAGCUAGCACAGUGUCCACCUGAAAUGUUUGAUGUCAUCCUGGAUGAGAAUCAGCUGGAGGAUGCAUGCGAGCAUCUUGCAGAGUACCUGGAUAUCUACUGGCGUGCUACGCAUCUCCCCUGUUCUGCCCCUGUUAACCCCUUACUGGACCAAAGCGUGAUCACCCCACCCUCAGCUAACUCCAGCCAACAGUUUUCUGAGACUCAAGAGUUGAUAGAAUGAUCACUACCAGAGACAAAGGAAGCCUGUGCUGUCGGCUGGGGUCAGACUAGGAGGUCAUAGAGCACAGGGACCAGGGCGCCACCAGGGGGCAGCAGCAGCCCUCAUCUCUCCAAAACCAGCCACCACCUUCUCUGGCCUACACCCAGACUGAAG